AUGUCGGGACCAAAGCCUUUCCUCGCUGGGGUCGGCUGCUCAUAACAACGUGCUUCUACAUCGACAUCCUGGGAUGCCUGGUCGGGUACCUCGUGUCCAUGGGUGACACCAUGAUGCACAUCUUUCCUCACCCUCAACUCGACAUUCUGGGAUUCAAGGGGAAGACGCUCUUCACUCUCCUCGCCUUCUUGGUCAUCCUGCCGUCGGUGUGGUUCCGGAAGCUGAGCACCAUCUCCUACCUCUCCUUCUGGUGCGGCAUGAGCAUCAUCACGACAAUCAUCUGCCUGCUCGUCGCGGGGGUCAAGGAUCACAUUGGUUUCAGCCAGGACGUUGCCAUCUUCCGCCCUGCCAACGUUCCAAUCGCUACAGGGGUCUACACCUUCACUUUCGGAGCAACCGCCGUGUUUCCGAACGUUUACAGAUCCAUGAAGAACCCCAGCAGAUUCACCGAGGUGAUGACACUGAGCUUCUCCAUGGCAACACUGCUCAACAUCAUUGUUGGCAUCGUCGGCUCGGUCAUGUUUGGAGCAAUGACUAAAGCCCAAGUCCAUCUCAACAUGCCACCGGCGCUCAUCGCCUCCAAGGUUGCAAUCUGGGCCACUCUCCUCACUCCGGUCACUCAGUUCGCGCUCUUCCUCUCGCCAAUCUCUUGCGAGCUGGAGCAGAUCAUGAUCAAGUAUCUGCCGUGGAAGGCCGAGUCGCGGAUGACCUCUGGAGCCUGCAUCAUGCUCCGGACAACGCUGCUCAUCGCCAUCGCCAUGGGAGCUCUGCUCUUUCCGUACUUCGCCAACAUCAUCGAGCUCAUAGGAUCUUCGGUGAGCGUAACGCUCUGCGUUAUCUUCCCCGGCGUCUUCUACUUGAAGCUUUUCUCCCACAAGAUUCCCAAGUCGCGGUUUGCCGGCAUUUGCGUGGUGAUUGGCGUGAGCGCCUUGGCGGGGGUCGCGGGCACCAUUGUUUCCAUCCAGGACUUGAUACACAAGUAAGAGAACUUUCUCUUGGUUUCUUUUAUAUCGGCCAGGAAGAACCAAGAGGAACCAAGAGGAGAGAAAGAAGAAAAGAACUAACUGGUAUUCUCGUGUUAAUAGAUGAUAAGAGCAGAUUCAAUACUGGAUGUUCUUUGAUUUUGUUUGGUAUUAAAACCAUUUAAAUGAUUAAACCAA